AUGCCAGGACAAUUCAACUGCCCACCCCCAGUGAUGACAUACCAGGACAAUUCAUCUGCCCACCCCCUUUUUCCCAGGAUGCUACCUGACCAAAAGCCAAGUAACAAAACUUUUGGUCUGACACCUGUUGCACUAAUGAUCAUCAUCGGGGAUGGUAUCCACAAUUUUGCGGAUGGACUGGCGAUUGGGGCCUCUUUCACCAGUAGUAUAUCUGCUGGAAUUGCCACAAGCAUCGCAGUCUUCUGUCAUGAAUUGCCACAUGAGUUGGGAGACUUUGCUGUACUGCUGCAGUCAGGGCUGAGCUUCAAGAAGGCAGUGAUCUUGAACCUGGCAUCAGCUCUGACAGCGUUUGCUGGUCUGUACGUCAGUCUAUCUGUGAGUCAUGGAGAGGAAGCACAGAGGUGGAUCUUUGCUGUGACCUCUGGCAUGUUUUUGUAUAUAGCACUGGUGGAUUUACUUCCACAGCUGAUUAAAACCACUGGACACCUAAACUUUACUCUCAACAACAUUGGAAUCCUUCUUGGUUUUGCCAUCAUGCUUGUCAUUGCAGUUUUCGAGGAACACAUCAAAGUCUGA